CGGUUAGGCAACAUGGCCGCGGCCGUUCCGGACUCACGUGUGAGUGCGGGGAAAAAGCUGAAAAAUUCACUAAAGAAGAAGAAGAUGAAAAUGCUAGCCCCGGCGGUAGCAUCGGAGCUGGAAGAGAAAGACAAAGACGCUGCCGAUGAUGGAGGAAGCUAUGGAUCAGAAAAGGAUCAUUUUUCCUCUGGUGAUGAAGCAAUAGAAGCUGACAGUGAAGAUGAAGAUGAAGCUGAACCCUGUGACGAUGAGAGUGAAAGUGCUACAGAAGCUCGUAUUGGAACUAAUGUAGGCUGGGCAGACGCCAUGGCUAAAAUCCUUAACAAGAAGACUCCUAAAAGCAAACCCACCAUCCUGGUCAAAAACAAAGAGCUGGAAAAGGAAAAAGAGAAGUUAAAGCAAGAGAGACUAGAGAAACGAAAACAGCUUGAUAAGAAGCGGGAAUGGGAAAUGAUGUGCAGAGUAAAGCCAGAUGUUGUCAAAGACAAAGAAACAGAGAGAAAUCUUCAGAGAAUUGCAACGAGGGGUGUGGUGCAGCUAUUUAAUGCUGUUCAGAAGCACCAAAAGAACGUUGAUGAAAAGGUUAAAGAAGCUGGAGGCUCUAUUAGAAAGCGGGCUAAGUUGAUAUCAGCUGUUUCCAAGAAAGAUUUCAUCAGUGUUCUGAGAGGAAUGGAUGGAAGCACCAAUGAGAAAAGUUCAACUGGGAGGAACUCGAAAGCCAAACAGACUGAAGCGAAAUCAGAAGAGGGCCCCGGAUGGACUAUCCUACGUGAUGAUUUCAUGAUGGGGGCAUCUAUGAAAGACUGGGACAAAGAAAGUGAUGCACCGGAUGACUGCAGACAGGGGUCUGGAAGUGACUCUGACACAUAAAGCCAUUUAAGAAACAGAGUUUACAUUUUAUUUCUCCUAGAAAAAUACUUCAUGCUCUGAAAGUUGGGGAAUUAUAAAGACCCCAUUUGUAAGAAAACCAAAAGACUUUCACUGUUACCAACUUUGGUGUUUCCCUUUUUCAUGUAAACUUCGUUAAAAUUAUCUUUCAAUUUGAAGAUUAUUCCUUAGGGCAUUUGUAAAAAGAAAUAUUUCUACUUGAGAUAUGCAUUUUGCCAGAUUCAUUAUAGGUUUACAUAUUGCUCUUGGAUAUUGGCAUUUUAUUUAAGUAUCACCAGUGUUUAUAGAAAUGCAAUAUCAAUUCAUAAUUAAAGUGAACUCCUUGAAGUUAAUAUUUUUCAGCCUCCAAUUUACAGACCUAUAUAUGUAUAUUUUUUCUGGGGAAAGGUUGAUGUUUGUUUUGGUGAGCUAUUGAGAAAACCUGUGUUGCAGAAUUUUUAAAUUAUAGCAUUUCUGAUUUGGGGUGAUGAUUUUAUUUUUAGAUACUCUGGCAAAUAUGAUUUAAGAAUCAUCAAAUUUCUACUUUUAUAUUGUUUCCUUUUAUAUGCUAAGUAAUAUAUAUAAAUAAUGGCUUAGAUUUAUUUUAAAUGUUAGGUUAUUUUUCUAUGAGAGAUUUACUGAGGUGGAAAUUCUCAUAUUUCACUUAUACAAUGAGGCAUAAUUUCUUAGGAGGCAUAUUUGACAUGUUCUAGUUUCUCUUAUUUUCCCUAAAUAUAUUUGAGUUAGCUUAAAUUCUUUUUUGUGGACUGACUGACCAGUGAAAUGGUAGACAACAGGUAGUCAGCAUCAGAAUACUGCAUCUGAUAUAAGACUUGAUUCCUUACAGUUGCCUUAGAGAUUAUUAAAUUGGGUGACUUUUAGAAUCUAGGUGUUAAACAAAAAGAGAAGAGAAAGCAGGACUAUUUAAUAUCAUUCCAAAAUUUCUGUGAAACUGGACCUCAGAUGCAAAGUUUGUAGGGGAGUUAUUUAAUAGAAUUGAUCUUUUCUUUUUUAAGAGGAUCCAUCUCUUUCUGAGUCUUUCCAUAAUAAAAAUGGUUCCCUCCUGCUACCCAGUUGCACAUGCUUGCAUCUGUUAUAUAUCGAAGGAUAAUCCUCCCCUCAAAACUAUGCUAGAGCAGAGAUGUUUAUAUUUGCAAACCCAUUUGAGUGUUACAAGUAUUAUGUAACCAAAGUUAAAUUAGUCCAUGGCCUGGUAUUUGUUACCCUAAAGGAAGGUAUACAUCUAAGAUAUCAAAUGAUUAAACUAGCAGAGCUCAAAAUGCAGUUUUGUAUUUGUCCAAACUUUUGAAAUGUAGUGUCUUCUUAAAUUAUAGAACUGCUAUUUUUCAGUGUAAUGUAAGUAAAUGUGAACAGAUAUUCUUCAGUAGUAACAUGAGCAUGCUAAACAUCUCACUGUAACCUAACACAGAUAAAUAUUUCAAUACAACCUCACAUGUAGAUAAUUUUGAAAAAAAAUUGCAGCACGCGCCUAAAAACUUUCAUCUUCUCAGAAUUAAAGAUUUUGCUUAAUCUUUUUGCUAUUUGUUUCUGAAUGAUUCAUAUUAAAACUUUGCAACAAUUCUCCUGCAUAGUACAUCAGGUGAUAGAAAUGGGUAAAUAACUUCUCCUUUAGUAAAAAAGUUGUUUUUGAAACAUAAUACUCAUUGUAUGGUCCUUGGUUUAAUUUGGAAAAAUUGAACAACAUUUUCAAACUGAAAGGAAGGAAGAGAAUAUUUGCAGAUUUUCUUCUCUCAGAAAUUAUUUUACCUCAAAAUAAAAUUGAGGUACCCCAUUAGAAAAAAAAUGUAUCACUUAUCCUAGAAGGCUAUAAAGCAUAUGUAAAUUACAUGAAAUAACUUUUUUAUCAUAAAGAUGGGAUGUUUUAUAUGUAUUAGUGUUUCUGCAUAUUGACUGUCAAAUAAUUAAGCAAAAUACCACCAUGUGUGACUCUAAGGAUGAGCAUAUUAUUUUAGAAACUAAGUGUGUAUCUUUAGAUGAAUAUUUUAAGUAAUCUAGCUCUGUCAUCUCUACCCUAAAUAUUUUACCUGCAACAUUUAAAUUCUUCUGACAUCUAAAUAUAACAACAUGUGGAUUUUAUUUUUGGUAACUAUUUAGGGUAAUAGAGUAAUAAAAAGGUUUUAUUUUUCUUUGUUUAGAAAGAACAAUGGAAAAUAGUAACCAGGUAACCAAUAGCUAGGUAUUAUCUUAUUCCCUAAUCUGGAUAUGCAGAUGUCUAGGGUGAAUAUUCUCAGCUUUAGCAUAAUUUAAAAUUGCUUAUUUUUUGUUUUUAGGAAUUGCAAUCUCAUAAAGUUAAUACCUGUUAUAGACUGAUAGUAACUUAGAAUCAUUACAGUAGUUUAGGACUUAAACUUAGAAUACUGAAUUUAUUUUCAAGUUACCCAGACUUUAUUAAUAUGUAGAUUAUUAUUCUACUCAUUGAAAAAUAUAUCUAGGAAAUGCUUUGGAUGGACUGGUUCAAAGGCUCACUUUCAGUACUUAGAAACUGAAAAGACUCAAUUGGAAAUUCUGAAAGGUUUAUUUGAGAGUGAGUCCAGUCCUUUAAAAUAUUUUGUCUGUUACAGUAAGUGGAUGAAAGAGAAUGCUUGAAUUUUGGAAAAUCUUUUAGGGCUUUUUAAUCACCAUGUUUUUGGACAUAUGAACAUACUUAAUAUUCAGUGGCUGCCAACUGAAUUAAUCCUGCCACCCAUGCUGGUCUUCAGGACAUGUGAAUACAGUACUUAACCAUAAAGCCAUUUAAUUACAGUUUAUAGAUGCCUACAGGUGUCCCAGGUAAAUAUAUAACAGCAGAGGAGUCCUAAGGUUGAAGUGUGCAC